AUGGAGCUGAAGAACAGCGAUGAGAAGCCUUCUGCUGCUCCAGCGUUCUCAUUUGGAGUAAAGAAGGACGAUGAAAAGCCUUCUACAACUCCUUCAUUCUCAUUUGGAGUAAAGAAGGACGACGAAAAGCCUUCUACAACCCCAGCGUUCUCAUUUGGAGUAAAGAAGGACGAUGAGAAGCCUUCUACAACCCCAGCGUUCUCAUUUGGAGUAAAGAAGGACGACGAAAAGCCUUCUACAACCCCAGCGUUCUCAUUUGGAGUAAAGAAGGACGAUGAGAAGCCUUCUACAACUCCUUCAUUCUCAUUUGGAGUAAAGAAGGACGAUGAAAAGCCUUCUACAACCCCAGCGUUCUCAUUUGGAGUAAAGAAGGACGAUGAGAAGCCUUCUGCUGCUCCAACAUUCUCAUUUGGAGUAAAGAAGGACGAUGAAAAGCCUUCUACAACCCCAGCGUUCUCAUUUGGAGUAAAGAAGGACGAUGAGAAGCCUUCUGCUGCUCCAACAUUCUCAUUUGGAGUAAAGAAGGACGAUGAGAAGCCUUCUACAACUCCUUCAUUCUCAUUCGGAGUAAAGAAGGACGAUGAAAAGCCUUCUGCUGCUCCAGCGUUCUCAUUCGGAGUAAAGAAGGACGAUGAGAAGCCUUCUGCUGCUCCAGCGUUCUCAUUUGGAGUAAAGAAGGACGAUGAGAAGCCUUCUACAACCCCAGCGUUCUCAUUCGGAGCGAAGAAGGACGAUGAAAAGCCUUCAACCACUCCUUCAUUCUCAUUUGGAGUAAAGAAGGACGAUGAGAAGCCUUCUACAACCCCAGCGUUCUCAUUUGGAGUAAAGAAGGACGAUGAAAAGCCUUCUACAACCCCAGCGUUCUCAUUCGGAGCGAAGAAGGACGAUGAAAAGCCUUCAACCACUCCUUCAUUCUCAUUUGGAGUAAAGAAGGAUGAUGAGAAGCCUUCUACAACCCCAGCGUUCUCAUUCGGAGUAAAGAAGGAUGACGAGAAGCCUUCUACAACCCCAGCGUUCUCAUUUGGAGUAAAGAAGGACGACGAGAAGCCUUCUACAACCCCAGCGUUCUCAUUUGGGGUGAAAAAGGAUGACGAGAAGCCUUCUACAACUCCUUCAUUCUCAUUUGGAGUAAAGAAGGACGACGAAAAGCCUUCUGCUGCUCCAACAUUCUCAUUUGGAGUAAAGAAGGACGAUGAGAAGCCUUCUACAACCCCAGCGUUCUCAUUUGGAGUAAAGAAGGACGAUGAAAAGCCUUCUACAACUCCUUCAUUCUCAUUUGGAGUAAAGAAGGACGAUGAGAAGCCUUCUACAACCCCAGCGUUCUCAUUUGGAGUAAAGAAGGACGACGAGAAGCCUUCUACAACCCCAGCGUUCUCAUUUGGGGUGAAAAAGGAUGACGAGAAGCCUUCUACAACUCCUUCGUUCUCAUUCGGAGCGAAGAAGGAUGAUGAAAAGCCUUCUGCUGCUCCAGCGUUCUCAUUUGGAGUAAAGAAGGAUGACGAAAAGCCUUCUGCUGCUCCAACAUUCUCAUUUGGAGUAAAGAAGGACGAUGAAAAGCCUUCUGCUGCUCCAGCAUUUACGUUUACCUUUGGAGCGAAGAAGGACGACGAAAGCUCUGCCUCCUCGGCUCCCAAAUUCACGUUCCCUUCCAUCCCGAUUCAAAUCCCAACGGUGAACUCCACUCCUGCUCAAGAGUCCUCCACCGCUCCCUCCAAUCAAGACGACGACGAGACCCUCGGCCAAGAAGGCGUCAACGUGCUGUUCAAAGUGCGAGCGAAGCUGCUGAAGCUGGACAACGAAUCCAAGAAGUGGAACAACGAAGGCGUUGGAUUCUUCCGCAUUGAGGAGUUCCAGUGA